AUGGAUCUACCGCCUUCUCUUAGUGGACUUCUCGAGGCCUUUUCCAAUGCCGAGGAUGUAGAUCGGUUGGAAAGAGGCGGGGAUGAUCUAGGUCCUUUUGGGCAGUUCGUCGCAUCAGGGAGUAAGCCGAUAUCUGACCAACCACAUAUGACCUUGACGCGCAAUGUACCCCAGACAUAUCCCUUAGACAGUUAUCUGAUGACGAUAAAUGAGUUGCUUUCGCCGCAGACGCAGGAUCUUAUUCUAGGGGAGCACAAUCAGCCAUUCGAACUGCAGCGAUCUUUUCAAGCUCAGCUUCCGAAUAUCUCGGAAGAAAGUAAAGAAUAUCUACAUCUGAAGGGGGCUCUCAGAAUAGUGACCCUUGAACUGCGGAAUCAGUUGCUCGGGGCUUAUAUCAAAUAUGUUCAUCCUCUUCUGCCUGUCAUUGACCUGCAAUGGUUUUUAUUCAAUGUCAUGGUCGAGGAUGAAUCCCAAUUUCCAAGUCCGCUUCUUCAUCAAGCUGUCAUGUUGGCUGGAAGUGCAUUUAUCGAGCAGGAAACUGCCGUUAGAGCCGGGUUCUCGUCACGAAAAGCAUUGCGAAGAACAUUAUUUGGGCGUACCAAGCUUCUUUAUGAAUUUGAGACCGAGCCCAACGCAUACGUCCAGAUUCAAGCAUUGUUACUCAUGAUGCAGUGGCAUGGAAAUGGGGGCGGCCCCAAAAACCCAACAUACUGGUUCGAUCUCGCCUACUCGACAGCAGAGCGCGUCGGUCUCCUUGGGAGUUUAGAAACGGGUAGUUUUUCUCACAAGCACAGACUUUGGUGGUGUCUCUAUGUGCGCGACCGCAUUCUCUCCCUCGGCUUCCGUCGCCCACUGCGAAUUCCAAACAGCGAUAUCACAAUGUCGCUCCUGGAGGCUACGAAAUACUAUUCCUCCGAGCUAUACCAUGAACUCGUGCUGGUUAUGCUGGGAGAAGCAUCAUCCAUGCUCAACUGGGAGAACCAAGAACGAAUGAUGCUUCUGUUCAUUCAGGAGAUUAAGCUUGCUCAUUGUGUGGGAGUCAUCAUCAAUCUUCUUUACCAAGAUGCUUGGUCGCCAUCGCCAUCGGGGGACUAUGAAUACUCCAUGGUACCCAAGUCAAAUAUAUCACAGGCUGCCAUAACGGGAUGCGAACAGCUUCUAAAGACCUGGAUUCAGAACCUUCCUGCUCCGGCACAUUACUACUCUCCGUCACUCUUACACCAUUGCCAUACAGAGUCUCCGGAGAAUGUUCUCCUCGUUCACCAGGCUUUCCUAUAUCUCCUCCAUCUCACUGCGAUGUCUAUACUCUACCAAGCUGCAUCGAAUGGAGGAGACAGUCUCGAGACCACCAUUAACUCAGAAAUGAGAGGCUUGACUUUGCAAGUCAAUGAGACUCUCAAUGAGCUGCAUGACUCCAGGAUGCUUCAUUUUCUCCCUGGAAGCACUAUUACUAUAUUGAUUAUUAUUCUCGAGGCAAGCCUUUCUGAUCUGAAGGUUUCGGAUGAUAUUGUGAGGAUGCAGGCCAUGUCGAACUUGUAUGCUUGCGAGGAGGCGGCUGGAUAUUUACUACAAACAUAUCCCGCGGCUGAGAUUGUUCUUUCACAGGCACAAAACGCUCGUGGGCAUCUCCUGGGUUUGAUCGCAACUUGA